GAAGCUAGUGCUGUAGAGAAAAGUCCAACGUCGAGAUACCCAUGUGGCUCGAGGCGCGUAAAGUUGGCGUUCUCAGAUGAGUAUGAGUACAAUAUGUGUGGUAAAUGGUUGCAGUUGAAGAUUACCAAGUUAUGAUGGAGGGGAACUGACAGCUGUGGUUAAUACGGAAGACGUUACCCGUACCAUAUAUCCGGAAAUCUGUCCACGGCAAUGGCUUCAAUGUGACAUUUGAACACCAUCAGUUCAGAAGCAUUGAAUAUGGCAACGAAGCACUACUUCCCCGACACCGCUGCAAAUACCCUCGUACCAAGGGCUCUACGGGCUCUUGUUAGAGCGAACCCUCAUCUCACUCUCAGUGAAGCAGAACGUGUCGUUGCGAAUUCGCACAAUGAUCGGUCGACCGUAAGCAUCAUUGGCGGUGGCGGCUCGGGUCACGAGCCGGCAUGGAGCGGCUUUGUCGGUGAGGGUCUUCUGUCAGCAGUUGCAUACGGCGACAUAUUCGCCUCGCCGAGUACGAAACAAGUUCUCGAAGCAAUGAGACUGACGCCUUCCGAUGCCGGGACCAUCCUCCUCAUCACCAACUACACCGGUGAUAGGCUUCACUUCGGACUCGCUGCGGAGAGAGCAAAGGCCUCAGGCCUGUCCGACAAAGUCGUUGUUCUCCCCGCCACGGACGAUGUUUCCAUCGGCAGGAGCAAGAGUAGCAGGGUGGGGAGGAGAGGAAUGCCAGGUCACAUUUUCACUAUGAAGAUCCUCGGUGCGGCUGCGGCUGAGAAGUAUUCUUUCGAUCAAUGUGUAGAGAUUGGCAGAGCUGUCAACGACCAGACGGUGUCGAUAGGCUCAGCUCUAGACCACUGCCAUGUACCAGGACGACAAUACCACUCCGUCGCAGAAGACGUGUGCGUUGUUGGCGCUGGCAUCCAUAAUGAGCCAGGCCAACAGCUCAUUACCCCUUUCCCGUCAGUAAACGAUCUCGUGGACAGGAUGCUGAAGCUCUUAUGCGACCCGAAUGAUGCUGAAAGAGCUUUUGUAUCUUUCGAAAAAGGGGAUGAAGUCACACUCCUUAUCAAUAACUACGGCGGGCUCUCAGUUCUGGAGUUAGGCGCGCUCACGGAUGAAGUACAGACUCAGCUGGCCUCGACCUGGUCAAUUACCCCCGUACGAACACAAGUUGGCACAUUCGAAACGUCUCUCAACGCACCCGGAUUUUCCGUUUCACUCUGCAACAUUUCGGCUGCAGCAAGGCAGUCCAAGUCAACUGUUAGCGAGCUCCUGCAGCUUCUCGAUCGUCCCACGAGUGCAGUCCACUGGCCAAACACUGUCCGGCCAGUAGCGAGCAAGGAGAAAACGAAUGGACCGGUGGUGAAUGGCGACAGUGAUACUUCAAGCAGUGCUGAAAACAGGUCAGAUCUCAUCAAAGUUGAUCCCAAGCUGUUAGAAAAGGCCAUCAGAUCAGCUUGCGAACGGGCCAUUGCCGCCGAGCCAAAUCUGACGAAAUGGGAUAUGGUGAUGGGCGACGGUGACUGCGGUGAAGCCGUUAAGGGCCUAUGCGAGUCUCUGCUGCGUAAUCUCGACAACGGUUCAGCGGCUAGCGGAUCUGUCUUCGCCUUCCUCGAGUCCACAAUCGAAGCCGUCGACGACAUGGGAGGAACCCUCGGAGCCAUCCUGGGUAUCCUGCUGUCCGCCUUUUCCUCUGCUCUUCGAUCCGAAGCGCAAGCUAAUCCCCCAUCCACGGCGUCAUUCUCACCGAUGUUGUAUGCCUCAUCUUUGGCUUCUGCGGUAGAUUCUCUCAAGUCUCAUACGCCAGCGAGAGAGGGUGAUCGGACGGUCAUGGACGUGCUACUUCCGUUCUCGGAUGCUUUUGUCAAGUCAGGGGACUUUAAGGCUGCUGUAAAAACCGCUGCUGAAAAGGCAGAGGCUACGCGGUACUUGAAGGCAAGAUUUGGAAGAGCAACGUAUGUGGGAGAUGCGGCGGGACAAGAGUUGCCCGAUCCUGGUGCCUGGGCAUUGUACGAGUUCUUUUUGGGAAUGGCAGAAGCCUAGACUUUCUGUGGUAAAUGAGCAGAGAAAUAAUUUUUUCAUAGUUAUUUUGGACUGGAAACCUGAAGAAUUAUCCCACGAAAAUGUUUGAGUAUUGUGCAGCCUGCCCGCCCCAAGCUGAUCAUCGAGAUCUCCGCAAUCAGAAAAGAAAGGCCUCUUGUAUCAUAUAUAGAAGUCACCCAAUAUCCCAUCGGCUGCUAGAUGGCGCUUAUACAUGUAUGUACUUCAACUUUUAUAAGGGCAACAACGAAUUACAUAUGAAUAUGGC